UACUCGUCUAUGCGUUUUAGUCAAGCUUUUCAUUCAAAACACUUUUGAAAAUUCUUUUUCAAUCUACCACAACAGAAAACAAAAUGGCUGUUGAAAAAUAAUGAGUAAGCAGCAGCCAAAUAGAAAACUUUCUAAGGCUAAAUCAGGCCUUGAACUUAACGAUUUAUCAAAAAAAGAGCCGAAAUCACACAGAGCUCCUAUUUCUCUCAGGAAAAUAAUCGAGGAGACCGAUGACGCAAUCAAAUCUUCUGACGUCACUUCAAAAGAUGAUGUGAUUGGACCCUCUGAUGUAAUCGUUUCGUCAAACACCGACUUGGACGACAUGUUUGUAAGCAGGGCUCGGAUGGCGUUGGACGCUUUUUCGGGCCACAGGCAAUCAGUUGACAAUGACAGGUUGGCCGAUAUUGCGCAUUCAUCAGGAGAAGACGAAGACGACGAUGAGGAAAACGAAGACGGAGAGGGGAGUGAAUGGAGUGAGUCAUACUUGUCUAGUCUGGGCCAACUGGAGAGGGAGAACUACAAUACUUUCCUCCAGAUGAAGUUCCUCCGGGCAGUACACGAGAACAACUACAUCGAGGUUGAAAGCAUGCUCUGGAAACAAAAACACGAAGUGCGUGUGGACACAGUGAACGAAGUGGGUUACACUUCACUGGCUAUCGCUUGUAUGUCCAACUCGGCCCAGAUGAUGCGAGUGCUCCUCAAGUAUGGCUGUCGAAUACGGGAGGAGCUACUGGUCUGUGUAGAACAUGACUUCAAAGAGGGUGCCUUGAUGCUACUCGACAAACUCUAUGCUAUUCAGGGCAAGAACGCUGUCAACCAACCGCCGAUGGAGAAGUUGGAGAUCUUUCCCCCUGGGGCUACUGCAGUGAAAGUGGCCAGUAUCUGCAACAAUCUGGACAUGUUGAAGCUGUUGCGCUACUACGGGGCAGAACCCAUUCCAGUGCCAGACAUGGAGGUGAACAGUAAGAACUCAGUCGAAGUGUUCUACACGAUGCGUGCUCUGGCUAGUCCCGCCUACUGUCUAGUCAUGACCCGCGAGGACCCCAUGAUGAGUGCAUUCAAAGUGUCCACUCAUUGCAGACAACUGGCAGAAAUGUUACCGCAUCAAUACGAGCAGUACGAGAAACUGUCGCAGCAGAUGGAGCAAUUUGCGACGCAGUGGUUCGGCACCGCCUCCGACAACUACGAGGUCAACAUGAUCAUAGGCCUCCCAGACCAGACCAACGUCCUUCCUAACCCCGCUACAGUGUCCCUCCCUAUGCCCAACAGACCCUCAUCUUCCGCCUCCCCUCAAUCGCCCUUCGAGCAGAACAAGUACUGCAGACUCAGAAACGCUCUGCUCAACAACCACAUCGAGUUCGUGGCCCACCCGUACUGUCAGCAGGCGGUUUUGAAGGAGUUCGAGGGCUGUCUGCCAAGUGGGUGGCGGGACAAGCCCACCCCCUUCAAGGUCUGCCUCAUCUUCUCUAUGUCCGCCCUGGCCCCUCUCUGGAUCUUACUCUACUGGCUCCUCCCAAACAGAGACGCGCCCAUGAAGAAAUUCGGAGCCCUGCUGGACUGGCCAUACAUGAAAGUCAUGACAAAUUUAUUGCUGUACGCCAUCAUACAGGUUGCGCUGAUCUUGUCGAAGAACAGAUUCUCCAUGGACAACUUCGAUCCGGAGGACCCGGAACAAGCCCAAGCGAGACUAAGAGAGGACGCCAGAGAUAUCCAGGACCAGUUCAUAGCCAACAUAGACGUCCUCAACAUAUACAUAUUUGUGUGGACUCUGGGCAACGUGUGGGCGGAACUGAGGAAGAUCUCUUCGUUCGGGAUGAACUACUACAAAAGUGAGAGUGCCAACUUCACCUGUCUCCUCAUGACCUUCUUCUUCUUCAUAUCCGCCGUCUGCAACCUCAUUCUAUGGUCGAGUAAAUACAGAGACACUACUUUCAGCAUAGAGGGAAUACCCAGCAGCCCCAUUCCAAACUGGGUGCGAGACCUCGCCCACGUGCAGGACGUCGCCAUCACCCUUGGCAACCUUCUUCUGUUCCAGCGUCUGGCUUACUGGAUAUCUCUAAGCACCUACAUGGGCAAAACAUUCUACUACUUCACCGUACCUUUGUUGCCUAUCUUGAAGUUUUUCGCGCUCUUCGUCGUCUUCUUAGUGGCCUUUGCAGUGUCUCUCAAUGGCCUACUAUGGCCUUCGUAUUCGUCUUUGAUGUUAUUUUGUAACCAAACCGUCCAUAAUCAUGGUCGGCCUCCUAUUGGUCCCGGGAACUCAAAUACAGACAACUCGUCUCUCAUAAAUAUGUUGGUUGCUGAGUAUAGCCAAGAGUGUAGCAAUCUACGGGACCCAAGUGAUAAUUUCGAAAAUCAGAAGAAUUUCAUCAGGGAGAUGAUCAGCAUUAUCGGGAACCUUUUUGGCCUCGUUUUCGCCAUGUUCGGAGCCGACCCGAAGUCGCGACUGCUAGCAAACUUCCGCAACUACAGCACCCCACAAGAGGCGACAGCCGCUAUGUUGUAUGCAGUAUACGCCUUCUUCCAAAUCCUUGUUCGACUGAACGUACUCAUAGCACUAAUCGUGGCAGCACUCACCCAGAUAUAUCAACGUGCCAACGAGGAGUUCAAGUUCUACCGGACGAAAGUGAUGGUUGCGUUUAUAGACCCAGAAGACAACACUUGGGUGCCCUCUCCCCUCAACCUCAUCCCCACUGUGAGGGAGGUGCAGAAGUGGAUAGUGGACAGAGCAGAGCGGAAGAGGAUGGGGAGCAGCUUCACCACCAGUGACACAAUUAAGGAGCGAAUGAUGAGGGAGGCUUCUGAGAAAAGUCGACUGGAGAAAUUAGCUAUAAGUCGUAUGGUGAACAACGUGAGCAGGAGGGUGUUGAGAGUGACGGCUAAGAAGAAAGUGGAGAGGAAGAUCACUGUGGACCAUCUGAAGGACCUCAAGGCCGCCCUCUCUCCCGUCUUCUUACAAAAUAAGGCCAACCUGACACAGUUGGAUGAUUCAAUGAAAGACUUCAUUCACUCUCGCUUCAACAUUCCUAGGAGGGAACUGGACAGCAAACGCCAUCACCACAAGCCCAGAAAUUGAAUAACAUCAGCGACACUCAAGCAGCCAUCGUUUAUCAAUAUUAAAUAGAAUCAAUGGUCACAAAAAACCAAACCGAACUUACCAUAAAAAGGUCCCCUAGUAAAAGUAUAGAUAAUUUCGAGCAGCAAUUUUUUAUAGCUCACAUUUUUUUGAGGGCUAUUCUGCACAAGUGCAUCUAUUACUGCUUACCUAAAUUGAACUA